AUGCCACCCGGACGGAGCGUCGAAAAGAGCCCCGCAUCGCCGGCGGCAGCAGCUCAACCAGCUACCCCACCAAGCUCCCGGAGAGCUCUUGUUUGCUUAGUCGCCCUCGGUCUGUCCCUUUUGGCUGUCUACGGACUUUACACGCCUAUCCGGAGCUCCUAUGAAGUCGGGAAAUGGUUCCCCGGAAACCCCAGCAACUUCGCCGGCGCCGGCGUUGACAAACACAAUGACUUGUACCUUGUCGGCACCGGCCGCGCCGACAUCACUGGCCCCGUCGUAGAAAUUAACAUGAUGGGUUACGCAGAUCCCAAACAGCUUGGCACCGGCCUCCGACAGAGACUGUACGCCCGCGCCUUUAUUAUUGGAAGUGUGAACCGGCGCGAGGACAGGUUCAUCUAUGUUGUACUGGACACACAGUCGGGAGACACGGCUGUUCGGUAUGGCGUCCUUCACGGGCUCGCCGAGCUGGGUUACGGAUACUCCAUGUACGGGCACCACAACUUGGCUUUGACCGGGACGCACUCUCACUCCGGUCCGGGUGCCUGGCUGAACUAUCUGCUGCCCCAGAUCACAAGCAAGGGCUUCGACAAGCAGAGCUACCGAGCCAUCGUUGACGGCACGCUGCUGGCAAUACGUCGUGCCCAUGAGAGCCUGGAGCCGGGGCACAUUAGUAUCGGGGCAACCAAAGUCACCGGCGCCAACAUCAACCGCAGCUUGUAUGCUUACAUGGCGAAUCCCGAAGAAGAGCGCGCCAGGUACAACAUCAGCGCCGAGGAGGAUGGGUCUGUUGAGAAAGACAUGACCCUGCUGAAGUUCCAGCGAGCCUCUGAUGGUAAAAGCAUUGGUGUGCUGACAUGGUUCCCAACCCAUGGCACCUCCAUGCUCGGCAACAACACAGUCAUAUCGGGAGACAACAAGGGCGUAGCGGCCUGGCUUUUCGAGAAGAGCAUGCGGGGGAAGCCUGAUGCAGCCAAAGACUUCGUUGCUGGCUUCUCCCAGGCAAACAUGGGCGAUGUCAGUCCCAACGUGCUGGGCGCAUUCUGCGAGGAUGGUUCUGGCGACCCAUGCGACUUCAAGACGAGCACUUGCAGCGACGGGAAGAGUCAGAAGUGCCAUGCCAGAGGCCCAUUCUUCCGCAAGAAGGACAACGGAGCCGCAUCCUGCUUUGAGAUAGGCAAGAGGCAGUAUGCCGCCGCCAAGAGGCUAUUUGACGACAUGGGAUCCAACGCUCAGCGAGUUCGCGGUUCGUGGGUCAGGUCGUUCCAUACCUUCCACAACAUGUCGGAGUUCCAAUUCGAGCUACCCAACGGGACAGAAGUGAGAACCUGCCCCGCGGCAUUGGGCUACUCGUUCGCAGCGGGGACAUCCGAUGGCCCUGGUGCGUUCGACUUUACCCAACACGACUCAAACUCGUCAAAUACAUCACCCCUGUGGAAAGUUGUUGGCGGGCUGUUAAAGGCACCCACACAGAGUCAAGUCGCAUGUCAUUCCCCUAAACCGAUCCUGCUGGAUGUCGGCGAAGUCUUCAACCCGUACCAGUGGACGCCCAACGUUGUGGACAUCCAGGCAUUUCGAGUUGGGCAGUUGGUCAUAAUCGUCAGCCCGGGAGAGGCCUCUACCAUGGCAGGACGACGAUGGAAGGAUGCCGUCAGGAACAAGGCCGAGUCUUUGUUUGCAGAGGACGCCGAGGUGAAACCUGUGGUAGUGAUCGGGGGGCCAGCCAACAGUUAUACGCACUACAUCACGACGCAACAGGAAUACGGAAUACAACGAUAUGAAGGGGCCUCGACUCUAUACGGACCCUUUACGUUGGAUGCGUACAUUAACCGAACUCUCGAGUACCUGCCCACCCUCGGUGCUUCAUUCACAAAUGGUCCUCCUUCUCAUGCCGGAGGGCCGUAUCCACCUGACAACAGCAAUCGAUCCUUGAGUUUCAUCACCGGCGUGGUGCGAGACGGAACGCCCGUGUUCCGCAAAUUUGGCGACGUCAAGACGGACGUGGAAAAGAGGUACGCCAUCGGCGACGUUGUACGAGCCACGUUCGUCGGGGCCAAUCCUCGAAACAACCUGCGCCUGGAGCAAAACUACGCUGUCGUGGAGAAGCUGGUGAUCGACAGGGGCGCCAUCAAGAAGUGGGAUAUCGUGCGGGACGACAAUGACUGGAGCCUGGUCUUCAACUGGAAGCGGACGAGCGACAUACUCGCCACGAGCGAGGUCGAGAUCGUAUGGGAGACGGAGAACGACGGGGAGCCGGGAACGUACCGGUUCCGUUACUACGGAGACUCCAAGUCGUUGAGUGGCAAGAUUAGUAGCUUUGAGGGCGUCAGUGGACAGUUCAAACUGCGCUAA